AUGAGAAGGAAGGGUGGAAGCAGUCAAAAUGAAGCAUCUCCAAAUGGUGCUUCUCGUGACAAAAUUAUUGAUGGGGAUGGCAUUGGCAAUGACACAACCGAGAAGGAUGACAAGACUGCCAAACAGGACGAUACGCUGGAAGCGAACGACAAGCAACGAGAUCACAACAACGACCUCGUCACACGUCCUCAUCCCUGUCGUUCGGCAUCGGAUACCAGCUCCAUGCCUCCGGUACCACCACCGAGACUAGCACGAGGGCCACGUUCGUCUCAACCCGGUGCGUUCCAUGUGGCACCUUUGGGCAGUCAAGAGUCUUCUUCUUCUGCUGUCAGCCUUGGAUCCAGAAGCCAUGCAGAUUCAUUGUAUGUGAUUCCUUGUGCCAGUCUCGUCCCGCCGUUGUCAACUAGUAGUUCUUUGGUACUACCACCCUCUGUGACGCACGAACCCGAGUUGGUGUAUGCAUCUCCACUAGACGUGGGUGUGCUGCAAAGGUUAUCUACGUCAGCAGUUGUCAGCGACAAUGUGCAAGAGCCUAUUCCUAUUAGUAGUAGUAUUAGCCAGCAUGGUGGUGUCAUGGUGAGUGGUGACAAGGUCAUGAACCACAAGAGUGAUUCCUCCUCUCAUGUGAUGGUGAACAAACGCUGGCUGUGGCUGUGUCUAUUGGUGAGCUGCCUGAUCUGUUUCGCUUUGGUGGGCGGCAUUGUGUAUUAUGUGGUGGUGGCAGAUGGAAGUGCAAACAAGCACGAUGCAGGUAGUUCUGGUGGUGGCGGCGGUGGCAACAGUGGAAGCCGCGAUAAGGAUGAUUUCGGCCAUGGCAGUGGCAGUAGCAGUAGCAACAGCAAACUUGGCAGUGUUCGAGGAAGCAGCAAGGAUGACGGUGCAUAG